AAAAUGUCUGGAGCAGCAUUUAAAUACCGGGAGGUGCUGGGUGGCAGCAGCAGGAGAGGCAGCCGGGAGCCCAGCAUCUUCCAGGACUGGACCCUUCUCAGGCCAGGGGCAGCCUUCCCAGCCAGACGCUGACCAGGGAAAAAUCACAACCAUGAAACUUGCAGUGAUUUGCUUCUGCCUCUUGGGCAUUGCCUAUACCCUACCAGUUAAACAGGCUGACUCUGGCAGCUCUGAGGAAAAGCUGCUUUACAACAAAAACCCUGAUGCUGUGGCCACAUGGCUAAAGCCUGACCCAUCACAGAAGCAGAAUCUCCUAGCACCACAGAAUGCCGUGUCUUCUGAAGAAACUGAUAACCUUAAACAAGAGACCCUUCCAAGUACAUCCAAUGAAAGCCAUGAUCACAUGGAUGACCUGAAUGACGAAGAUGAUGAUGACCACGUGGACAGCCAGGAAUCAGAUGACUCCGAUGACACUGAUCAUCCCGACGAUUCCCACCAUUCUGACGAGUCUAACCAUUCUGAUGAAUCCGAUGAGGUGGUCACUGAUCUUCCCAGUGACGUUCCCACUCCAGCUGUCCCCACCGAAAACACAUACAAUGGCCGAGGUGACAAUGUAGCUUAUGGACUGAACUUAAAAUCAAAGAAGCUCCGCAGACUUGAUGUCCAGCUUCCUGAUGAGACCCGGGAGGACCUCACCUCACUCGUGGAAAGUGAAGACUUGGAUGAUGUGCACAAGGUCAUUACUGUCAACCAGGGCCUGAAGAUGCUUUCUGAUCUGGACAGCCGUGGGAAGGACAGUCAUGAAACAAGUCAGUUCGAUGACCAAAGUGCAGAAACCCACAGCAACGUGCCAUCUGAUAUGAUUGAUAGUCAGGAACAUUCCAAAGUCAGCCACGAAGUCCCCAGCCAUGAAGACCUUGAGAGCAAGGAAGAAGAGAAACACCUGAAAUUGCGUGUUUCUCAUGAAUUAGAUAGUGCAUCUUCUGAGGUCAAUUAAAAGGAAAAAAAAAACAAUUUCUCACUUCGCUUUUAGUAAAAAGAAUGCAUUGUUGCAGGAAGUGAGAAUCUGAGAUGCUUCUUUCUCAGCUUAGUGGGUGAAUGUAUAUGCAUAUGAAUCUGGAACUAGAUGUGUUUGAUCAUUAGUAUAGAUUGUGGCUUCAUGGUAACACCCUUGUAUAAACCAAAAGCUUCGGGGUUUUGUCUGUGUUCUUUCCGUAGAAGAAAUGCAAAUGGUCGCUGCAUUUGAAUGUUUGUUAUUCUUUUAUGAAUAAAAUUUAUGUAGCAGCAAACAAAAUACUUUUACGCAAGAGAUUAUAACAUUUUAUGUCACUAAAGUCUUUUAUUUUUAAAUUAGUAUAUAUUUUGUUGUGAUUAUCUUUGUUGGUGUGAAUAAAUCUUAUAUUAUGAAUGUAAUAAGAA